AUGACGGAAGAAGUUAUGAGCAUUUUGGCAUACCAUGGGUUGUCCAUCGAUGAUUUGUCCCAAGUCCGCAUCGUCAAUCCAGAAGCAGCUGACGCUACCCAGACGCUGAAGACAAACAACGAUGAAUUCGUCAGUUCCAUCGAAGAUAUAAACAAGCUCAUCAAAGAUUUCAGCGAAAAGUCGUCCAAGCUCGCGGAGCAAGUGAAAACUCGAAAACUCAAUGCUAUCGCCGUCAGGACUCGUUUGCAAGCAGCUCAGCGACAAACUGAUAUUGAAAAGAACUCGUUGCUGGAGAAAAUCGAAGAAUACAAGCUUCUAUCAGAAAGACUCAGAGCCGAACACGAUGCUCUUCGAAAAAUUGAGCAAAAUCAAAAUGCUUUACUUCAGCAAUUCAACAGCUAA